AAAGGACGCGCAUGCAUGCGUCAUCGUUUGCGUUCACAUUGAAAAUUCUGCCAAGGCUGAAAGUAAUCGGAGGAACUAACACCCUUGGUAAAUAGAUUGGGACAAAUAAGCAGUUUAUUAAUUUCAGCUUGAUUGGCUGUGAAUUGUUUUCGUGCUUCCGGCAUCCCACAUAGCAAGAUUUCUGGCAUGGAAGUGGUGGCUUCGAUUGUUGGUGGAGUAGUCGUAGAAACUGGCCGGCUUUUCUUUGGCUGUAUCCAUUCUACGACCAACACUGUCAAAGUCAGAGCAAACCUCGAUGCUUUGGAGAAGGGGACGAGAUCCCUUAGCACUCUACAAGAUGAACUCAUAAAUCAAUCGGAAUUAGCUAUGAGAAAAGGAAAAGUGCCAGAUACUCCAGUUACGGAAUGGAUUAAGACGGUUGAGGAGUUUUUGCCUAAAGUCCAUCAGAUUCAAGCUGUAAAUCUUCCUCGACAUUCCUUGAAUUUCAGUAAGCGGAAUAGAAUAAGCAAGAAAGUGGUAGAAAUGCUCAAAGAGAUAGAAAGGCUUAUACUAGCUGGAGGAUCCCACCUUGGUAAAGUUGCUGUCAGUUGUUCAGCACCCACAGUAGUGGAGCAUAUUCCUGGACCUCCAAUUCGAGAUCAAACGAUGGCAUCUACAAUGUUAGCCAAAACUAUGACUCUGUUGUCUGAUGAUGGGGUCGGGAGAAUUGGGGUUUGGGGAAUGGGUGGAAUAGGGAAGACUACUCUGGUAAGAAAUUUGAACAAUGAGCUCAAGAAUACUUCGAUGCAGCCUUUCAGCAUCGUGAUAUGGAUCACGGUUUCCAGGAACUCGGACGUAUCAAAGGUCCAGAGAGAAAUAGCUGCGAGAUUGAAUUUGGGGGCUAGAAUGGGAGAAAGCGUGGAGAGAAUGGCUAUCCAACUUCAUCACAGGCUUGAGGAGGAGAAAUUUCUUCUCAUUCUAGAUGACGUUUGGGAGAAAAUUGACUUGGACGGUUUGGGCAUCCCACAGCCUGAAGUUCAAAAGGGUUCUAAGAUCAUAUUGACUUCUCGAUUUUUGGAUGUUUGUAGGUAUAUGAUGACAGAUGUGGAACUUAAAGUGGAUUGUUUAGGCGAUGAAGAAGCUUGGCAAUUGUUUACUCGACAUGCAGGGAAUGUGGUUAGUCUGGAACAUAUUAGACCAUUCGCAGAAGCAAUUACUAGAGAAUGUUGCGGAUUACCUCUAGCCAUCAUCAUUGUGGGAGCUGCCAUGAGAGGAAAGACAAUGGUCCAGCUGUGGGAGCAUGCCUUGUACGAGUUGCAAAGAUCAGUGCCUUGUAUAGGAAGCGUGGAGGACAAGGUCUAUAAGCCUUUGAAGUGGAGUUACGACUCAUUAGAAGGUAAAAACAAAAAACCUUGUUUCCUGUAUUGCGCUUUGUUUCCCGAAGACUUCUCAAUUGAGAUAAGUGAACUAGUAUGGUGCUGGCGUGCGGAAGGUUUGAUUGAUGAACAAGAAAACUAUGAGGAUUCAUUCAAUAGAGGAAUUUCCUUGAUUGAAAAUCUCAAGGAUUCUUGUUUGUUGGAAGAUGGUGCCCGUCAGGGCACUGUGAAGAUGCAUGACGUUGUUCGUGAUGUUGCUAUAUGGAUUUCAUCCUCGUCUGAGGAUGGAUGUAAAUCCCUUGUGCGUUCAGGGAUUAGCUUGAGCGAGAUCUCAGCUUUUGAGCUAUCAAAUUCUCUCAAAAGAGUUUCUUUCAUGAAGAACAAGAUAAUAAGGCUACCCGAUUGUGUGCUACAAUGUUCAGGGGCCUCAACUUUGCUACUACAAGGUAAUCCUCCCCUUGAUAGAAUUCCUGAGAGAUUCCUGCAAGGAUUUGAAGCACUUAGGGUCCUGAAUAUGAGUGGAACUCGCAUUCAGUCAUUGCCUCUCUCUCUACUUCAACUUGGUGACCUACGUGCUCUCCUUUUGAGGGAUUGCUUCUCCCUUGAAGAACUACCCUCACUGGAAGGGCUUAGUAGACUUGAGCAACUUGAGGCAACUAAACUUAUCCCGUACUGGCCUUCUCAAAACCAUUCAAGCUGGAAUUUUAUCCAAAUUGUCUUGUUUAGAGGUUCUGGAUAUGACACUCAGUGGUUACCAAUUGAGAGUGAAGAGAGUCUCAGAAAUAGAGCAGGCAUCUUUUGAAGAGCUGGGAUGCCUUGAGCGAUUGCUGGCUUUAUGCAUCAGAUUGAAGAGGAUACCUUGUCCCGACUCUGAAGAUUUUUCCCGGAUAAAUAGAUUAAAAAGAUUCCAACUUUUCAUCGGCCCAGAAGCCAUCUCCUUAAAGAGUAGGCAUGACACAAGGACGGUAACUAUCGGCGGUCUUGAUCUUUCUGGAGAACGGAUUGGGUGGCUGUUGGGUAAUGCAAGUUCGCUUGUCUUAUUUACUUGUUGGGGAUUGAAUGAAAUGCUAAAAGACUUGGUCAUCAACAAUGUUGGCAGCUUUGCUGGUUUAAAAUCACUUACUAUUGCAAGGUCUGACAGCAGUUUUGCAAGACGAGGAGGAGGACAUGCGGUCCGUUGUGACCUACUACCAAAUUUGGAGGAACUUCAUCUCGAGCAGCUGACUUGCAUAGAAAGCAUUUCUGAACUUGUUGAGCAUCUCGGGCUGAGAUUUCUUAGACUAAAAUUAAUGGAAGUAACCCGAUGUAAGCAAAUGAAAAAUCUUCUCUGUUGUGGUUUCUCCAUUAUCACCCUGCCAAGACUAGAAGUAAUCAAGAUAAGCUACUGUCCCGAGUUUGAAGCGCUCUUUAACUGUCAUGCAAUGCAGGGUACGACUCCAGAUUCUGUUGUUCCAAACUUACGGAAACUGAAAUUGGAGGAUGUUCCCAAAUUAAGGACUCUUUGCAGAGACCAAGAGACAUGGCCGCGUCUAGAGCAGGCUGAGUUUAUCAAUUGUAAUCGUCUUAGGAAGCUGCCUCUUACUGAAAAAAAUGAAGAUAACAUACAAGAAAUUAGAGGAGAAACAGAAUGGUGGGACGCAUUGACGUGGGAUACCGAUUCAACGAAAUCAAGUCUGCAGCCUUAUUUUCAUCCAGCUGAGCCCCGGUUAAGUACGUGUCAGACCCGGUCUAAUUUUUAGAGAGAAUAGCCCAGAGAAGAAGAUGGCGUACGUAGGGCAACUAAACUCAUCCUAAAAAAGCAUUGAAGCUGGGAUUGUAUCCAGCCAGGUCGGUGGAUAUGUAACGCAGAGGUUAAGUUAGCAGUUGAGGAACAGAAAUCAUUUGGAAGAGCUCCUAUGCGCGACCCGCUGUUGUCUCCCAACACCUGGCUUUUAUAGAUAGCAUUUCACUCA